AUGGUUCGCUGGCUUCCUCCUCCGACGGGUAUCUUCAAACUCAAUUUUGACGGCUCUAGUAAAACUUCAUCAGCAGCAGCAGGAAUUAUCAUCCGCAACAGUACUGGAAAUCCGAUUUCGGCUUGUACCUACAACCUCGGUCAUACCCAGGCUUUCAUGGCCGAAGCUAUUGCCCUUCACAAAGGACUCAAAGAAGCUAGGCGUCUCAACAUUGCUCACAUUCAGAUUGAAGGUGAUAAUCUUCUGGUCAUCAACUCUGUUAAAGGAAAUUGGGCGCCUCCUUGGAAGAUUCAUAACAUCAUCAAGGAUAUUAAGCAUCUCCUCGACCUCUUCGACACUUGGGAAAUCAAACACAUUUUUAGAGAAGCAAACUCAGCAGUAUAUUGGAUAGUAAAUGUAGGACACCUUAUUGUUGGGGAAAUGUAUAUAGAUCCUAAGAAUAGUCAUAGUUUAUCUUCCAUCCUUUGUAAUGACUACUCAGGAGUGACUCUCGUGCGGAGAGGCUCCUAA